GAAGCAACCCGACCCGUAAAAUCACUGUAAAUUGGGCGCAAACGUAGCGAAACAGGAGAGAGACCAAGUGCUGGACGCAAACCCUCAAAUCUUCCGGAAAGUUAGCGAAGAAAGUUUAAGAGGAGCCAGGAGAGUAGUAGGGUACACACUCUCUCUCUCUCUCCUCCAUACUCAUUUUUCUCUUUCCAAUCAUAUUUUUGAAUUCGACCGAAAUACAAACGUAGAGAAACCUACAACUGUGUUACCCUCUCGUCGAUUCAGAAAAUGACAAAAACUAGCAAGGUGCGGCGGGUACCUGAUUUGCUAUCUUGCCGCUCAAAGGUGUGCAAAAAGAUUCAAAAGGAGAAACGACCAAAAUCAUCAGAGAAGAAAGAAUGGGAAGGGGCAACAUGCUCAGUUUGCAUGGAGCAUCCUCACAAUGCAGUGCUAUUGCUGUGCUCUUCUUAUGACAAGGGAUGUCGUCCUUAUAUGUGUGCCACUAGCUGUCGUUUGUCAAAUUGUCUUGAGCAGUACAAGAAAGCCUAUGCUAAAGUCACUUCAGUUGAGGGCUCUGAACCAGGGUUGCUGUCAAUUGAUGAUCCAAAUUGCUCGUCAGGAGCAGGUUCUUGUGCUGGGAAGUCGGUAGUUGAACUUCUAUGCCCACUCUGUCGUGGGCAGGUGAAGGGUUGGACUGUUGUUGAACCUGCACGCAAGCAUCUAAAUGCAAAGAAGAGAACAUGCAUGCAUGAAAAUUGCUCAUUUGUUGGGACAUACAAAAAGUUAAGGAAACAUGUAAGGCGGGAGCAUCCAUCAGCACGCCCCCUCGAAGUAGACCCUUCACAUGCAGAGAAAUGGAAGAAGCUUGAACAUGAGAGAGAGUUGAACGAUGUAUUUAGCACAAUCAGAUCCGCCAUGCCUGGGGCAAUUGUAAUGGGAGAUUAUGUAAUAGAGGGUAACUUUGGAGGCUUCCAGAGAAAUUUUGGAUUAGAUGAUCACCUCGGUGAGACUCUUUUUAGGUCGGAAUCUAAUGGUAUUCACUGGAAUGAUAUUGUCCACUCAGAUGAUGUUUUCGAUGAUGGCUAUCAUUCGUUUGAUGAGGAUGAUUUUUUUGUUGAUCAUUCUGGCAGUGGGGCUACAUCUAAUGUUUUCAAUAGAAUUUCUCGACUUCGUAGCAGGCUCUUAUUGGGAAGAUCAAGGAGGCGGCAACGACAUCGAGCCAGUAGCAGAAUUCGUUGAUUUAUCAGGAAAGAAGUUUCAUGAGCGGUUGGGAUGAUAACAUGUGUUGAUUAGAUAAUGACUUUCUUUGUCACAACACAGAGAAAAAUGUGUCGGAAAAUCCAUGUUUGGAUCCUAACCGUGGUUGUUGCAGUUUCAAGAGGAUUGAUGACGCUGUUUGCAGCAAUUUGGAGUUCCUUUAGUUGCCUGUAAAUUGGAACCAGAUUGCAUAGUAAAGUAAAUUCAACCCUCCUCCCUACUGCUAGCUACUUAAAUUUCAUGAACCAGGACAAUAGUUUCAUAAAUUUUGAGUUGACUUAAGAGAAUUUUAUUUUUUUCUCAUUGAACGUACAUCCUUCAGGAAUGAAGGGUGCGGUGGUUAAUUUCAUAAUCAUGAACUGGUAUUUGCUCGUGUUGUGUUUUGUUCUGUACUUUUGCUGAUUCGUUUAAGAAGCUGAUUUUAAAAUACU